AAUUACAUACUGUAAAAUAUAACUGUUAAUGUACGAUGCGAUGUUAAAAAUAAGUUAAACGAUUUGGUCUUAUUGAGGAAAUAGUGUGUCGUACGUUUGUGUCAAAAGAAAUGGCAUCUGGUAAGAGUACCAGAGAGGUUUUGUUGUCCCUCGUAGAUGACAUCGAACUAAUAGCGAGGGAAAUGAUAGAAAACACAAUUGCUCAAAAACCAUUGAAAUUAUCUAGCGAAGAGCAUGCUCAGUUAACUGAAUUGUUGAUUACUAAAGACAAUGAAUUAAAAGCGACGUUAAAUCGUGCAGCAGAACAAGCAAAGAUAAAUUUGAAGAUGGAAGCUCUCAAAGCUGAGGUUGAAAGGCAAGAUCAAGACAUUAGGCAAUUACAACGACAGUUGAAAGAAGCUGAGCAAAUAUUAGCCACAGCUAUUUAUCAAGCGAAACAAAAGUUACAAUCAAUUGCUCGUGCCAAUAAAAAGCCUGUACCAUCUGAGGAACUAAUUAAGUAUGCACAUAGAAUAAGUGCAUCGAAUGCUAUUUGCGCGCCAUUAACGUGGCAACAAGGAGAUCCUAGGAGACCAUAUCCCACAGAUAUCGAAAUGAGGUUAGGUUAUCUUGGACGAUUAAGCGACCUUCCGUUAAACGGUCAAAUGUUAGGAUCCCAUCCCGGAAUAUCGACGGAUCUACAUAGAACUGGACAUCCUGUGGGUGAACCACCAGUGUCGCAGGCUAAUCAGUUCGCGUGGCACCCGACCGGUGAAAUUCACAUGUCGGUGAGCGGACAAGGUAGCGUUGCCAUGAACACGCAUAAACAGGAAACGGAAGAUGUAGAAGUUAUGUCCACGGACUCGUCGAGUAGUUCGUCCAGUGAUUCGCAAUGAGUGCA